UGUUUCAGAAUAAUGGCUGCCAAUGACCGUGUCGUGUUUCCCGACGAAGUGGAGGACGUAAAAGCGAAGGCGGCAGAGGUGGCUGCCAAGUCUGGUGCGGGAGACAGCAACUCCGUGGAGGAAGCUCCUCAGGAGACCACGCCCAACAUCGCCAUGAGGAACAUGAUCCAAGUUCCUGACAACUGCCCGGCAGGCUACAAGAUGGAUGCGGACGGAGUCUGCCGAGAAGUCUGGUAACUUGGUUGUGUCGCGCGAUUUCACAUAAACAACAAGUUUACUGAUACGAUAGAUACGUGAGAUUGUCGAGACGGGUUUUGUUAUCGUGGGA